UCGGUGUAACCACUUUAUUUGUGGGCGCAAUCUGAAUCGGGCGGCGAAGAAAUGCGGCUGUGGGCGCUUUGGCUUGUGGUGACAUGUGUUGCGGCGAGCCAUGCGGCUCGGCUGCUUGCCGUUUUGCCAACCAACACCAGGAGCCAUUAUGCCAUGUAUGGCAAAAUAGUGCAAGAAUUAGCUAGAAGGCAACACCAAGUGACAGUCAUUACCCAUUUUCCGAUGAAAAAUCCUCCUCCAAAUGUGGAAGAGAUAAGUUUAGCCGGAACUAUACCGGAAAUAACCAACAAUCUUACCAAAAAAGAACAUUCUUUGAAACCAGAUUUUGUUAGAAACCUAGAACAGAUUAUGGAAGAAUGCGUCAACGCAUGCGACACUGUUUCACGUAUACCAGCGGUUAAAUCGCUGCUCAGUUCGAAAGUGACAUUCGAUAUGAUAAUUGUGGAAGUGUUUGGUAGUGAAUGUUUCCUUCCUUUGGGAGAAAGAUUUGAAGCCCCAGUCGUGGGUCUUCUUUCUAGUGUACCCUUACCAUGGGUGAAUGAACAACUUGGAAAUCCAGAGGCAACGGCUUACGUACCAGCGUAUAUGAUGUCUUAUGGCCAGCACAUGAAUGUGUUUGAAAGAUUUCUAAAUACAAUAUCAGUGAUUUGGGCGAAGAUUUUGUAUAAAUAUAAAUCACAGCUACCUUCACAGACAAUCGCUGAUCGUCUUUUUGGAUAUGGACCUAAAUUAGAAACUCUAGCACAAAACUAUAGUCUGGUGUUAUCUAAUAGCCACUUUAGCAUUAAUGAAGUCCGCCCUUUGGUUCCUGCAUUGGUUGAAGUAGGAGGUUUGCAUUUAGACGAUUCUCAAACAUUAUCAAAGGAUUUGAAGAAAAUUUUAGACAUAUCUACAGAGGGAGUAAUUUACUGGAGUUUUGGGUCUAUGUCGAGAAUAGAGACUAUACCUAGUCAGAAACUGUCACAAAUAUUUGAGGUCUUAUCUGAAUUGAAUCAAAUAGUACUCGUGAAAAUGGAUAGGGCGAUGUUGGCUAGAAAUCUAACUGUACCAGACAACAUAUACACUAUGGACUGGAUACCUCAGUAUGCCACAUUAUGUCAUCCGAAUAUAAAGUUGUUUAUAUCACACGGAGGAUUAUUAGGCACCCAAGAAGCGGUAGCAUGCGGGGUGCCCAUGCUCUCGGUGCCCCUGUAUGCCGAUCAGGCGCUCAAUGCGCGCGCUAUGAGUGACCGAGGCGUAGCACUCACUGUCACGCUCCAAGAUAGCACUACAGAAACUUGGAGGAAUGCUUUACAUCAAUUGUUGAGAAAUCCACAAUACAAACAGAACGCUUUAAAACUUAGAGAUGUGUUCCUCGACCGACCACUGCCACCUUUGGAGACGGGAAUCUAUUGGAUCGAGUACGUUCUACGACAUAAAGGAGCUACACAUUUACGAUCACCGGCACUUGAUUUGUCCUCGUCGCAAUACUUAUUACUAGAUUUAGUAGCUCUUAGUUUAGGUAUAACUUUAAUGACAAUGUUCAUACUUCACAAACUCUUCAGAUAUCUUUGUACUAGGUGUAUAACAUGGUGGCCUAAAGAUAAACUAGUGUUUGAGAAAAGGUUAUUCAGGAGAAAAAUAACUGUUUUCCUCUGUCUAUUGUGGAGGUACAAAUUAAAAACCAAUUAACAAUGUACAUAUUAACUAGCAUAAUUGUAUUAUAUUAUUAUUAACAUCUGUAAAUAAUGGUUUCUUAAAUUAUGAUUCUCAGUAUCAUACAGUGACUUAGAAAGUUCAAAUAAAAAUAAUUAAAUUACGAUUUACCAUGUCCAGUAUAAGCACAAGGUAUCACAUUUGUGCUUUACAGCCUCUUCCGCUCGCAGUGGCCGAGCAAUUAGAUCUAGAUGUAUAUUUAAGUAUAUUCAUGUUCGUAACAUGGCGAAGGUAAUUCAUAAUUCAAUUCAAUUCCCAAAAUGAUAUUAGCAGUAUCCAUGCGUUGUAUAUCCAAAAGCUUGACACGGAAGACUAUACACAUUAUUAAACUUGCCACAAUAACUUACUCAGAAGAUCGGCGACUGAUUUUUGUAUUUUUCUAUUGAAUCAACAAGAAGGAAGGUAAUAAAAAAUAGGGAAUAAGAGUAUUUUGACCAUAAACGAUACAAUUUAUAUUCGUCGGGAACUUAUUGAACUUUGUCUGCGCCGACUCGCAUUAUUCCUACUUUCAUAAAACACGAGAUUGCCCAUACGAGUAUACGUACAAAAUUUAUUAAUUACAAUAUUGUCACUAACAUUAACAUUAACUUAACAUUACAUAGUUGUCAUUUUCAAGUCGAUCUUAUUAGAUGAUUACAUUAGUGACAGUUUACAUUAUACUGCCAGUACUUAGUUAUUUAGUACUUACUUUUGGCAUACGAAUCAUACAAAAGUAUGUGAAGCCCCACCACUAUAAGUUGAUACGUGUUGUAGCAUGUGGAAUUGUUUUACGGUGAAGGACUAGUCACAAAUAGGGGAUGUAUGUGAAUUACCUUGGACGAAAGGUGGUGAGGCUUCUUAUAAAGUUGGUAAUAAAGUAAAUUUAGUCAUAAUUAUUAUACUUAGACCAUAGACAAGUAAAAAAUAUUUGUCUCUUAAUCUUGGGAAUAAUUGUUAUUACUAUCAGUGCAUAAAACAUAGGCAUCUCCUUAAAACCUGUAUAAUCUGCAUAAGACAUAUGCAGACUAUGUACAACAACAAGCACAUUACAUCAACAGAACUAUUACAUUGUCGGUUUACAUUUGUGAAAUAAGCCUUAAAAUUAUAAUUUAUAAAGUAUAUUGC